GCCCUGCGGAGCUCCUGGCUCGGGCAGAUUCCCAUCUCAGGGCAGCCAUGAGCCUAGUGGCCUGCGAAUGCCUGCCUGGCCCUAGCCUGGAGGCUGAGCCCUGUUCACGAGCAAGAGCCCAGACUUCCGUGUACCUGGAACAGAUCUGCAAGCAGGUGGCCACGGGGACACCGGAUGUGACCAAGCAUGACUACCUGGUGGAUGCAGCCACACAGAUCCGCCUGGCCCUGGAGCGUGAUGUUAGUGAGGACUACGAGGCUGCCUUCAACCACUACCAGAAUGGUGUGGACGUGCUGCUCCAGGGAGUGCAUGUGGACCCCAACAAGGAGCGAUGCGAGGCAGUCAAGCUGAAAAUCACCAAGUACCUGCGACGGGCUGAGGAGAUUUUCAACUGCCACCUGCAGCGGACGCUGGGCAGCGGAGCCAGCCCAGACUCGGGCUUCAGCAGCCUGAGGCUUCGGCCCAUACGCACACUGAGCUCUGCGCUGGAGCAGCUGAGGGGCUGUAGGGUGGUCGGGGUCAUUGAGAAGGUGCAGCUGGUCCAGGACCCAGCCACUGGAGGGACCUUCGUAGUGAAGAGCUUGCCCAGGUGCCACGUGGUGAGCCGGGAGCGGCUGACCGUCAUCCCGCAUGGAGUCCCCUUCAUGACGAAGCUGCUGCGGUACUUUGUGAGUGAAGACUCCAUCUUCCUGCACCUGGAGCAUGUACAAGGGGGCACUCUGUGGGCCCACCUACUCUCCCAGGCACGCCCCCAACAUUCUGACCUCAGAUCCAGCUCUACUCAGGAGAAGUCAAAGCUCAACAACCACCUCAGCCUCCUGACUUCAGCACGGCUGCCCCCAGGCCACACUGUGAGGCGGGACAGGAGCCUUCUGGAGCCUUCUCAGACUUCUCGGAGCAUCCCUCCAGCCAGGGAACUCCCACCCCUCAGACCCUCCAGAGCCCCUGACGGCAAGCCCACAGUCAGGACCAGCCCUUCCUGCUCCUCCAAUCCCACGGAGGCGCCUGGUGGCUACUGGUACCUUCAAACCAGGAGAACUGGGCAGAGCUCAGACCCUGGACCCCCUCGGGGACUCCUUUGGGUUCGUGAAGGGGCCAGUCGGGUACUGGGGGGCUGUGGCCGAGGCAGAGGUCACAGCCCCCCUUCAGUGGACAGAGCCUGCUGGGGGGGUGGUGAGGCUGUGUGGAGCGUGAAGGAGGAGCGGGUGAGGCAGUGGGCAGCCGAGAUGCUGGUGGCAUUGGAGGCGCUUCAUGAACAAGGGGUGCUGUGCCGGGACCUCAACCCUCAGAACCUGCUCCUGGACCAGGCAGGUCACCUCCGGCUCACGUAUUUUGGCCAGUGGUCAGAAGUGGAGCCCCAGUGCAGCAGGGAGGCCGUGGACCACCUCUACAGCGCCCCAGAAGUUGGGGGGAUUGCUGAGCUGAGUGAAGCCUGUGACUGGUGGAGCUUUGGGUCGCUACUCUAUGAGCUACUGACAGGAACCGCACUGUCCCAGAUCCACCCCUCAGGAUUCCAGGCACACACACAGCUCCAGCUGCCUGCCUGGCUCAGCCGCCCAGCAGCCUCCCUGCUGACUGAGCUGCUGCAGUUUGAACCCAAGCAACGCCUAGGUGCCAGAGGGGAUGGUGCCAGACAGCUCAAGUCCCACCCCUUUUUCAGUUCGAUCCAGUGGAGCAGACUGGUGGGGUAACAGGGGCAGUGGUGGGGGUGUGGAAGCAGCUGUCCUGUGCUCCAUCUCCUGCCUCUGCCUGUCGUCCCUCUCAGCCAUGGGCUUCAGAACAUGGGGAAGUUUUCUUUCCUGAUGGGCUUGGCCUUGGGAAGCAAUGCUCUGCACUGUCCCUGGAGAAGUUCCCAACACUGCGGAGAGGAGACUGCAUGGUGAGGCCGGCACCUUGAAGCAGCUUGAGCCUUUUGCACCAUCCACAAAUGCCUGUUGGGUGCAUUCCUUGUACUUUAAUGCUGACCCGUCACCUUAAAGGGUGCGUCUGCUGCACU